CCCCUAGCAUCUUACUCCAUUCCUCCUGAAAAACUGAUAGCUGGCUCUGGCAAACUGACCUGGCUGAACGAGCGCUUACCGAUCCUUCUUAAUCAGGGCCAUCGCAUUCUUGUCUUUAGUCAAUUUGUGAUGAUGCUCGAUAUUCUAGAAGAGCUACUCCAGCAUUUGGGCCGGAAAUAUCUCCGCAUGGAUGGCAAUACUUUGGUCUCAGAUAGACAGCGGCUUAUAGAUGCUUUUAAUAAGUAUGUUCCAUUCUUUGUAGUCACAUUCGCUUCCAUUAUAUAUUCUACAGUCACUUCAAUGGAUUUUUGUUUUAAUCUUAUUACCCUCGCUUACUCCUCUAAGUAUGUCUACUAUGAUACAACACAUGACGUCUUUUUAUUAUCCACACGCGCUGGUGGGUUGGGUAUCAAUUUGACAGGAGCGGAUACUGUCGUUCUACAUGAUAUUGAUUUCAAUCCAUACAAUGACAGACAGGCGGAGGAUCGGUGUCAUCGCAAACUACAACUCGAAAAAGACGUGGUUGCCGCUGGUGGCUCCGCUAUCCUUGAUUCAAAUGCUGUGUCUGCUAUCGCCAGUGGCGGAAACGCCGAUCGCGGUUUGGCCGAAGGAGCCACUGCGGAAGGAGAUGAUGAACAGGAGGAGUACGACGAAGAGGCAUUGGCACGGGCUGCAGAGCGCGGUUACAAACGCGUACAGCGCCGGUCAGCUCGCAAGUUGUCAUCUUCUGUUCCGAGUGCAGAGGAGCUCUCAGCGGCUGGAGUCUCAAGCCAUGGCGAUGACGAUGAUUCAGCCGCACUAGCUGUGGGUAUCGAAAGAUUGGCUAAUGGGGCCGAGCAGCGUCUACCUGAGAACGAGACACGCCAUCUCUUGUCUGAAGCACUCAGCCAGUUUGAGGCUAGAGCAGGUAUAAUUGCUACUCUGCAUUCUUGA